CCACUACUUCCCUCUGCUGCUGAUCAAUUGAGACAGUGUGGCUGGUGCCGUGUUGGGUGAGGGUGUGUACGCUCCGAACGGGUGCCUCAGUGGCCACAUAACUUUAAGCCUUGCUGAACUAGACACAAAGGGUCUCCCUCCCUCUUGUUGCUCAGAGAUAUCAACAGCUGGGGCCUGAAGUCACUCUGCACCACACGAGCCCCGACAGCCAAGAGCUCCUAGCUGUAAACUCCUACUGGGUGAGGCAUCAGGAGACGUUCUUCACUUUUCUCUCCACCCUCAAAGCAUUGAUAUACUUCAGUCCUAUUAUCCUCACGAAAGUUCUUCCAUGAAAUAUGACUCAGCUCAUUAGUCAGCUGCAUUUCUCCAUGGACUAGUUUGUCAUCAAAGACCAAGCUCUAGUCUGAGAUGCUCCCCCCAUGAUGCCACUGGCAACCAGUUCUUUCAGAUGCACACAAACACCAAAUCUGCCCCACUGUAAGGUGACGAGCAUAGCCAUCCAUCAUCUGAGCCUCCUUCAUUGACUACUUCAAAGAAAUGCAACACAUGAUUCUAUGUGACAGAGAAAGCAUUGUUGUGGUUGCACAAAUUGUGCCUUGCAGAUAGCAGGUGUACUGUACAACUAGAUGGUCGGGGAGAAGACGAAGACAAGUCCUGCUACAGAUCUCCCGAAAACAGCGUAACUCAUGUCCCUCAGGCUCUUUGAUGGCUCCUGUGCCACGACGGUGUACGCAGAACCUAAAGCUGAGUAGUGGAGGCCCCUUAGAGAAGUCUGUUUUUACCUGUAAUGGCUCAUGAAGAAACAUUGGCUUGUUGCAGCUGCGACAAUCGUCUUCACUCCAAAAGGUUCCAUGCGCAUCUGAUCCAGGGCAAUGAUGUUUCUGGACAUCUAGAGGGGAGACCCACAAGUUCUUCCCAGUCUAAGGGCAUGCCAGUCAAGUGGUAGAAAUUUGUUCACUAUCUCCUUUAACUUUUGGUGAAUUAUGAAGGUUGCAAUUCCAGGCAGAGCAAUGAAAAUGCAAGAACAUUUUGGAUCAGGUCCAGCGCAUUUAACUCCUUUGCUGAAACAUGGCAAAAUCCCGUUCAAUAACAUUCAGAUAAGACCCCAUAUUGAUUACAUAAACAUAAACAAUGCAACACAGAGCUCACACACCAAAGAAGACCAAACUACACACAACAACAAAGAAUGGAAGAAGACAGCGAAACUGUACAAGAAGGAACUGAAAUCGAAGGGGAACAUUCGACCGUCCACAGCUGUCCGUCAGCACGUCAAGAAGAUCUCAGAAGACUUCACACUGACCCAGACCAAGUAUGAAAAUUCAGUCAACACCACCACCAGCACCAACACCAAACCACCUGAGAAGAAAGAUAACAAAUCUCCCAUCAAAUCAGCCUCCUCAAACUCCUCCUCCUCUUCCGUGAACCAAAAGAUACCACAGUCAAAGUUCCCCAAGAAUGUCUUAUCAAAAAUCACUUGCUCAAAAUGUGAGUCUAUAUCAAAAGCGUCCCGCAAAAACGUCAUGAUUCCCAUCACCUUACCCGCAGGUACUGGAGCCGGUAAAAAUGGGCUGCCAAAAAACUCGAACGCAAAGUGUACAAAUCUGAAGAACAAAAAUUCCUUGAAUUCCCAGAACAGCAACUCCAGGUGCCUGCAAGAACUCCCUCUCCAUAAGAAAUCCACUGUGAGUCCAACUGAAAUUUCACCUCGUCCUCGACUGCGGCAUUCGAGUGGUCGCUGUGGUGGAGGGCCUGGUGUUGGUGCAUUUGACUUUUGCUUAGCUCCUACAAGCCCUGGACUCCCCAGAUCCCCUGGGAGAAAACUAAGCUCCUCCUUGGCCGGUAUUUCUCCUCGCUCUCAGCAGGUCUGCUCAGAACAGAUCAGGCGUGUCAAACUCUUCACUGAAAGGGCCAUUUUGGAAGGACGAGUCUUCUCCAUAUUCGGAUACUUCCCCGCUGUCAAAGAUGCCUUAAGAAGGAGAGGGUGGGUGGAAAAAAUUCAGCAUACUGUUCCAUACGUCAAUCCUCACCCGAACAACUGUGUUUGUCCACACGUUGGGUACCAGCUGUCCUUCAUGUCCCCUUUGAGUGCGCCUUCAACGAAUACAGCGUCGAGCCACUCACACCCACAUCAUAAGACAUCAGGAUCCACGUCGAAAGGAGCGGGCGAAGAAACCAAAGAUGAACAAAACCAGGAGGAGGAAGAGGACUCUGAGGUUCAUGGUGCUACAGUCGACGACGAUGACUCCCCCUCAUCUGCACAAACAGAAACGGUCGAAUCUUCUCCUUCUGAAUCUGUAAACACAGACAUCUCCCCCUCAUCCCUAUCACUCUCAGUUCCCUCACCUUCAUCCCAGUCUUCAUCCCCACUAGAAUCUGAUAAUAAAGACCAGAGAAUCACUGCCAAUUUAGGUUCUUCCACUGUAGAAACUGUAGUGCCACCAUCUCAUCACGAUGUAAAUGAGAACAAGACUUCAUCUGCCUCUGACAACCAGUCUGAUAAUCACUCUACUUCUGAUGAUAGCAAAUCACAAGAAUCUGAAAAGUCUUCCAGUGCAGCAGAAGAACCAAGUGAUAACACUAGUGCUGAACCUGCAAAGAAUAGUGACCACUUCAACACUGCCAUUUUGGGUCCAUCUGAAAUUAGGAAAGGUUUAGCCGAGUCGAUAACGGAGAAGAACGCUCCCAUAUUCAAAUAUAGUACUGCCAACAUUGCCACGAGGAAGUCUGUAGACAACGGCAAGGAUGACGAUGAUGAUGAAGAUCAGGAAAGUUGCUCGCAACAUGAAUCGGGCAACGGAGAGAGCGGAUCUCAAGGGGAAAACGCCAGUGACUGCCCAGAAGAGGAAAAGAAUGACACAGAAGAAGCAGAGGAGGAGGAGAAGCCGGAGCCUUACAACCCUUACGUAGACUACGACCUGACUGACAGCGACCUUCCACUUGUUGCUAGGCUUCUGAGGAACGUGGAGCCGAACUUCUUGUGGACUUGGACGAGGGACUCCAUUUCCUUCAAACAUCUCAGUCGGGAACAGCUGGUCAAUCGAUUCCCAAACACACCCUUCACCACCAAGUACGGCCUAUGCGAGACGCUGCAGCAGCUGCACUGGUUCAGCGAGGCAGCUGGUGUGGACACCUUCGUCCCCCGGGGCUACUGCAUCGGUCACGAAGACGAGCGAACGGCCUUCAUCCACGAUUACCGAACGACGGCCUGUCUGAACGUUCUCAAGUGGGUCACGGAGCGGUACGGCACCCACGGGCCCCAGGCGGUCUCCGAUCCCCACGGGGAGGAGAGAGUGCCCACGAAGAGGGUACGCCAAGCCCUGGCCCACGUGGAACAGUUCAUCCAGUCCUGCUGCCACGAUGACCUGGACUCCCCUCCCCCCAUCACCCUGAAGGACCACGAGUGGGACUCCCUCAUCGCCGCCCAUUACAAGAUCGUCCACAUGGACAAGAAGAUCAAGAUCUCCAACCAGGCCCAGCUACAGCAACUGGUCUCCGAAUGCGAAUCGGCCGUCGAGAGGGUCGUGCCUUUCUGGCCCCAGCUGUCCAUGGAUGGCCUGAGGAACCUGUGGAUCGUGAAACCCGGCGCCCAGUCGCGGGGCCGUGGGAUCUUCAUGAUGAAUCACCUGGAGGAGAUCUUGGCUCUUGUGCAAUCGCCGCUCAUUUACGAGACCAAGUACGUCGUACAAAAGUACAUGGAGCGCCCUUUACUCAUCCACAACACGAAAUUCGACAUCCGGCAGUGGUUUAUGGUCACCGACUGGAAUCCUCUGCACGUGUGGGUUUACAAGGAAUGUUACCUGAGGUUUUGCUCACAGCAGUAUGACUUGACGAACAACAACGAGGCCAUCCACCUCAGCAACAAUGCCAUCCAGUGCAAGUACCUGAACGGGGAGAGGAGCGGUGAACUGCCCGAGGAGAAUAUGUGGGACUGUCAGCAGUUCAAGGAGUACCUGCGAGGCCUCAAGAAGGAACACAUGUGGGACGAAGUCAUCUACCCUGGGAUGAGAGACGCUCUGGUGGCGGCCAUGUUGGCCGCUCAGGUCGAAAUGGACACUUUCAAGCACGGGUUCGAGCUGUUCGGCGCCGAUUUCAUGCUCACUGAGGAUCUCAGGCCGUGGCUAAUUGAGAUCAACUCCUCCCCUUGCAUGGCUCCGACCACCAGCGUCACCAGGAGAAUGUGCGCUCAAUGCCUACAGGAUGUUGUUAAAGUCGUGAUAGAUUACAAACACGUGAAAACUGCUGACACGGGGCAUUUCGAGCUGGCGUAUAGAGACAGCGAAAAAUCCAUACCCAACCCGCCUUACCUGGGCGUUAAUCUACAGGUAGUGGGACGACAAAUCAAAAAAGGUCCAAUCAAACUCGAGAAGAGAAAGCCCAAAAAGGUGAAACCGGCGCCGCGACUGGUGAAGCCCCUGCCGCUCAUCACCUUGUCCCUGGAGGAAGGCACGGGCGGCCUCCCACCGCAGAAGGAACCAGCGACGACCUCCUCCUCCAAAGACGCGACAGAUUCCUCCUCACCGUCGCGGCCCUGUUCCAUCCUGGACUGCCGCAGGUACAGUAACAGCACAACGACGGCAGCGACUUCGUCAGAGAGCUCUGACGAGAAGGUGGUGGUGGCUGCUGUCAACGAAGGCAGCAGCGCCAUCCAUAACUCUAAGCCGUCACCGGCAGAAGCGACCACCAAAAGAACUCCCGAGGAUGUCAGCUCCAAGAGGGAAGUCGUCUUCGUCGUGGAGAGGACUAAGGGGGAUCUCUCUGGGGGUACCAGCCACAACGCCAACAAUCACGCCCUUCAGCAGGACUUCAGAGGCUCAUGACCCAGGCAAGAGCCUACUAGAUGAGAGACGUGUGUUGAGUCUAGCGCAUGAGGUUCACGUAGGCCUAUGACGUGUGAUGAGUCUAGCGCGUGAGGUUCACGUAGGCCUAUAUUUGCAUUUACGAAGCGCUGACGUCGCAGUUCGUUACUGUUCUUAAACACCAAAGAGGUUCCUUAAUUAACACUUGGUCCUAUAGUCAUUGGAUAAUUCUAAGUUACUGUUCGUAAACACCAAAGAGGUUCCUUUUCACACUUGGUCCUAUAGUCACAGAAUAAAUCAAAUCAAAAUUCGUCAAAUCACUCAACGGAAAAUUAAAACUUGAAUUCACAUCCCAGUAACAAACUGCGACUCAAAAGUAUUGUGAUACUCAGUGAGAACUAGGUUUGAAAUUACAAAAAAUUUAAAAAAAUUUAAAAGAAAAAAAAUACAAUGCUUUAUACAAUUCAUUAGCACUUGAACUUUUGCCAAGUCUUAUAAUACUCUAAAAUACUCUUUUUUUCUUUCGAAAAGUAAUGAAUUCAACUAUACUGCUUUUUUUUCAAGUUUUCUCUAACAAAGGAGUUUUCUCGCUCCAAGUCGAUACAAGAGGCUUUCGUAAAAGUGGGUUUAAUUCACUCGAUUCUUGAAGAGGUUAAAAAAAAAAAGAGCUCAUGCUAUUGAAUGUAAAGAGAAUUGAUCUAUUUUGGGGGGACUUAUUAAUCAUUUUAAGAUUACGCUAGUCAGUGGUGUAACGACGCCCAGAGAGAGAGGGAGAGAGAAAGAGAAAGAGAGUACUCUCUGGUCUCACGUGUUCUCAAUUGCCAAGUGUGACGGCAAAAAGUCAAAGCAGUUUUUCGCAUUUGCAAGCCAACACGUUACCUCUAAGUCCUGUACCUACGAUAUACUUAUUCUACCAAAAAAAUAAAUAAACAAGAUGACGUAAAGCUAAAAUGUAAAAGGUCCUUUGGACAUCAUAAUCUUACUCCGAAAAGAAAUAAAAAUGACCCCAAAAAAAAAAUGAAUUCAAAGGUAACCUAAGGCCAACUUUUAUAUAUCUGGGAAUUCUUGCUAGUCACUUUGUCAUGUGAAUCCCCACUUCAAAGGCCCCUAACGGAUUCGUUUAUACCCGGUGUUUUUUUUUUCGGCCUAAUUAGCUUGAUUGGAUUGAUACUUUCCUGAGACGAGGUAUAGUCAAGGUGAUGUGUAAAAGCCAUUGUUGGUAGCCCCAGUAUGUAUAACCAUUGUAAAAAGGAUUCAAAACAGAAGAAAGUAUAAGAUAUUCUAGUCUAAUACUGUUGUAAGUAAGUACCUCCGUGUUGUAGAAGUCUCCAAGGGAAGUUGAGCUGAUCCAAAGGGUUGUGUCCCCUUUUUUCUAUUUGCAUUUGUUAAUUACACAUGUCACUUUUACCAUC